CAAAAACCUUUAAUUAAAGCAGUAUUACAACGUCACGUUAUAGAAGAAAUUUUUGACUAUGGAGAAAAAUAUUUUAAUUUUGACAAUUUACAAAAUUACAAAGAAUAUGGAUGUGGAGCCGAAACUUAUUUAUAUAAUAGAAUCUAUGAUUUAAUACAAUUAGCAGAAGUAAUCGCAGAGAAACGCGAUGGGGUUGACGAUAUAACUAGGGUACUGCCUAUUAAAUUACGUCAAGAAGUAUUUGCAGCUCUUGGAAAUAGAGGAUUUAAUAAAGUUAUCGCUAAUAAGAAAGGAACAUUCCCUCAUGAAUUUAUUAGUCGUUAUCAAGAUAUUUUAAAUAGGGAAAUUAAUAAAUAUCGCAAACUUAAAGAUCCUGGAAAAAAACAAGAAAUUGAAGAUAUGGCUGGUGAAAUUAUUCGUAAAGUUAUCACUUUAUUUUGGUUUCGACUUGAAGUUCAAGAGCCAAUCGCUGAAUAUAUUUGGUUUGAUUAUAAUGAUAAUAUAAAUCAUAGUUAUAUGGAAGGAACAUGGGAAGAUGAUGAAAUUGAAAAUAUAGUUGUAGAUAUUUGUUACUUUCCU